AUGUUUGAUGAAGGUGCAAGUGCAAAUGGAAAUGAUGAGGCGACAUCAGCUAGUCAAGUGGCGGUUGGAACCCAGGCUGCUGUUCUUAAAAUAAAGAUUAAGAAUUUAAGUGAUCGACUCAAUAGAUUGUCCUCUGAACUUGAUCCCGCUCGACUUCGCGAUGUUGAUGACUACGAGCUGCAAGAUUACAUAAGCAUGGCAUCUGACUUGCAGGCGAAAUUUGAAACAGUCUAUGAUACCGAUGAUUCGCGUUCUACCUUUGUUGUUCCAAACCACUCUCGAUUGCCUCAACUUAAAUUGCCGGAGUUUAGUGGAGGCUACACAGAAUGGGCCGAUUUCUCGAACAUGUUCACCACGGUCAUUGACAAGGAUCCGUAUUUGACCAACAUUGAAAAACUCCAGCAUCUACGGUCAUGCCUUAAAGGAACAGCACUGGAUACAAUUCGCUCCUUGGAAAUUUCAAACGCUAAUUAUGCUGCCGCUUUAGAACUGCUUGAUAAGCGUUUUAAUAACAAGCGUCUUAUUUUUCAGGCACACAUCGCUGAAAUUUUGGGUUUGAGGAAGGUGGAUAAGGGCGCGACGACACAGCUGCGCGAUCGAUCUCAUAUCACGUCAUCGAUGGGAGUUGACAACCGUUGCUCAUAG